AUGGCUUACAAAGAUAUUGUUCCAGUUGGUUCUGCUUUAAUUAUUGGUGCUACAUCGUUUGGAUUGGGUGUGUUCUACGCCAAUUUGCCAUAUGAUUUGAACACAUUAUGGAGACACGAUGAGACCGGAAAUGCUUUCAUAACGUCAUUGGCACAUUACAGUAUUUGGGGUAAUUCUCCAGCAUACGUUCAUCACAUUUUCCAUUUUGUUAUGGCGUUAGGAUUUAUUGGUGCGUUUAUUAAGUUGUACAAGCCAAGUGAAGAUGCUAAAUACUUUGAGUACGGUUCAUUGUUCUUGUACAUGGUGGGAGUAAUUAUUUACUUAACCAACUUAAGAAUCGGUGUUAACAGUUGUUUGGCUGGUGAAUGGGGUGAAGUUGACAUGCCUACCGGGAUCAAUGUUAUGGCCGCAUCGCAAGUCAUGAUUGGAUUUGCAUUGUUUGGUGUCUUAUUGUUGCAAGGUGGUUUAUACUACGCUGAAUGGUACGACAAUAAGUUGAAGCAAAAGUUUUUUGAAGAGGAAGAAAGAGCAGCUCUUGUUGCUGCUUCUGCAAAGACCGAUACUCUUGAGGAGACCGAGGAAAUCAAAAGUAAGGGUUCCUCUGCUUCCGGUGCUUCUGCCUCCUCUACCAAGGCCAAGUCCAAGAAGAAGUCAAAAUAA